AUGACUGAGAUGGUGGAAACAUUCGAUUGUGAUCUUGCUCGUUUGGCAUACAUUUCAUUUUGCCAUCUGGCUGGUGGUACAUACAUUGAUGACUGUUUGUACAAUGCACAGUCUAUACAAAAGUUAAUCAAUCAAUCGAUAUUCAAUGAGUCCAGUUCAAAAUCAACCAAUGAUACACUGAAUGAAUCUUGUAAAAGCGUCAGUAAACAUUCUGACUGUAACACUACUACUACUACAACCACUACUAAUAGUAAUAAUAUUAAUAAUAUUAAAGGUGCACAAACAACGCGUAAUAAAAUCGAUUUUGAAACUACUUUGUUUGUCAAUUCAACAUUAUGUAAUGAUAGUAGUUUUCAUUUACGCGGUGUUUGGCGUCAAAUUGUUCGUGAUGCCAUAGAGAAUAAAUCAUUUCCUUCAGUUCCGUAUAAAUAUCAUGGUAUUCAAAUUGCUGCUUUUACAGGUCAUACCAGUAAAAUUAAUCGUAUCACAUGUUUAAAUACUGAAAAUUGUUUCAUUACAUCAAGUCGUGAUAAAACUGUACAACUGUGGUCUUUGGCUACUACAUAUAAUCUUGGCAGUCAUUGCUUAGCAUCGUCAUCAUCAUCAUCAGGAAAUCAAAAAGGCAACAGUGUGAGUAGUUCAAGCAAGAAUACACCGUCUGUUGAUUCAAAUAGUCAACAGUUAAUUGCUCGUUUAGUAUAUAGAGCACAUAAAAAGUCUGUAAUAGCUGCUCACUAUCUGGAACCUCAUAGACUGGUAGCUUCUAUUGAUGGCAAUCUACUCUUUUGGGAUCCGUGUACAGGACAAACGGUGCGAUCUAACAGUCAUUCUGAGAAUUCAGGUUGGCAAAAUUUAACUGCACUUGAGUGUAGUGCUGUUCCUUAUGGAGCUGUAAUCUGUUCUGAUCAUUCAGCUUUUGUACAUUUAAUUGAUCCUCGAGUAAAAUGCUCUAAACAGACGGGUGGUCUACGUUUUCAUAGUGGUGCAUCCUUAGCUUCAUUUCUACUGAGUAAAGAACGUAUAAAAGUUGAAACUCCUCCUACAAAUGAUUCUAAUAAAACUUCUACAAAUGCACAAGACAUUGAUCUUAAAUUGACUCCUUCUUACAGUCGGUCUACAAUUGACACAUCUAUUACAAAAAUUCUACAUAAAUUAACUGAACACCUUCAGCCUAAUUUAUUUCAUUUCAACAAUUCCACGUCAACAACAACAACAGCAACAACAACAAUGAUGAUGAUGCAUAUGAAUAUGAAUUCUAAUUCUUCAACAUCUUUAAUGUCUAUGAAUACAAAUAUGGCUGGUGUAUUGAAUCGUUUAUCUAUGGCUAAAAAUGGUUAUUAUUUAUUAUGUGGUUUUACAACUGGUAUAAUUACUGCCUUAGAUCUACGUAUGGGUCAAGUGAUUGAUAUAUGGAGAGGUUAUCAUGAUGCAGUAGUUGAUAUUGUUCCACACAAAUACAAUGGAUUUAUAUCAUGUAAUGAUCGAAGUUUAUCCUUCAUUUAUCCAUCAGCUAAUCCAAUAAAUAUUAAUCCAAAUUCUUUAUUGAAUUCAUAUAAUCAAAUGAAUAAUGCCUUCAAUUGCUUAACGUAUAAUUCUACAAUACAAUUCGAGUCGGAAAAAAUUAUUCUACCAAAAUUACAAAAUAUUACAUGUUUAACAAUGUGCAAGGAGAAUCCAAUUUUCUGUGCUACUUCACUGUCUUCAUCCUCCUCCUACUCCUCAUUGUCAUCGUCAUCUUCAUCAUCGAGUACAUCUCGUUUCCCUAUUUUCGGGGGCAGCAGCAGUAAUCCUUCAACGAACACAGUUAGCGAAUCAAUAAAUGACAAUAAUCCAAUUUCUGGAUUAAAAGUGAAUGAAUUAACUGGUCAUACAUCAGUAACACCAGCAACUCAUUCAUCAUCAAUAUCAUCACAAGCAUAUCAUCAUUACGGGAACAAUAAUAAUAAUAAUUGUAAUAAUAAUAUGAAUAAUAGUGGUGGCAAUGACAGUAUUGGUGGGACAAUAUUAGGCACCUAUCUCUCAUCAUCAUCUCUUAGUCAUACUACUACUAAUAAUAAUCAUAAUAAUUUCAAUCCUGCAUAUUAUUAUACUAUAGGCAGAAUCCCGCCAAAUUUAUUACGUGGUAAUAUCAGUUCUAUACUUUCACUUACAGAGAAUAAUUUUCUAUUGGUAGGCAGUGAUACAGGUGGAUUGAGUGUAUUAUAUUAAAUAUAAUUGGGUAAAUGAGCCCAUCACUUACAUAUAUAUAU